GGCCAUAAUACUUUCCAAACUUUUGCAAUGAUACCCGUGGACGCUGCGAACUUCCACAUUGAUCUUAGUCCCNCCCCCCCUCUCGACCAUCAUUCUGGCUCUGUCCAGGAAUUUAGCUAGGUUGUGGGCUGGCACCCGACAUAUAAAUCCCCUUGCGCUUCAAAGAAUGGCUUCAACUACCACCGCCGCCUCGAUAGCGGAUCCUCCAGCAUCGAACCCGAAUCUCUCAAAUGGCGACUAUAGGGCAUCGACUCCGUCACCGUUACAAAAGCUCCACGGUCGCGCUUUCUAUGAGAGUAUUGGGAGCCCCAAAUUGGUGCUUGCGCCUAUGGUGGACCAGUCUGAAUUCGUACGUUGUGAAUCCAAGUCGCAUACUUGCUACAUGUCUCUGACAAUAUGACCAAGGCCUGGCGCAUGCUCACAAGAUCCUUCAUGCCGGAAUCCUCACCUCAAGAUCUUCUAGCAUACACGCCUAUGUUGCAUGCAAGACUGUUCAAUGAAACUCCUAAAUUCCGACAUAACCAUUUCCAACCUCUUCGCGAACCUUUGCCCCCGCGCACCGCUUCUUCUCCUCCUGCUCCAAUGACCACCCAGAAUUUAUAUCUAGAUGGGAAUCCGGCUUUUGAUCGUCCGCUUGUCACGCAGUUUUGCGCCAAUGAUCCGGAUGAAUUCUUGAGCGCGGCGAAGUAUGUAGCGCCUUUCUGUGAUGCUGUGGAUUUGAAUCUAGGCUGUCCGCAGGGAAUUGCAAGGAAGGGGAAAUAUGGUGCGUUCUUGCAAGAGGACCAGGAGCUUAUUUGUAAUAUGAUAAGGAAAUUGCAUAUGGAAUUGGAUGUUCCUAUUACCGCCAAGCUACGCAUUCUGGAUACGAAGGACGAGUCUUUGAAGUAUGUGCAGAAUGUGGUCAAGGCGGGGGCUAGUAUUGUUACUGUUCAUGGGAGAACAAGGGAGAUGAAGGGUCAUAAGACAGGGAUGGCGGAUUGGAAAGUUAUUAAGUUUUUGAGGGAGAAUAUUCCAAAGGAGGUGGUUAUGUUUGCUAACGGGAAUAUCUUGCGGAGGGAAGAUAUUGAUAGGUGUUUGGAGGAGACGGGAGUGGAUGGGGUGAUGAGCGCGGAAGGGAAUCUUUACGAUCCCGCUAUUUUCGCCACGCCUCCACCGGUGGGACAAGAAGGGAGAGAGUACUGGAGGGGUAAAGACGGGAAGGGAGGUUGGAGAAUGGAUGCUGUGUUUAGGAGGUAUAUGGACAUCCUCUAUAAGUAUGUGAUGGAAGUGGAAUCUCCGAAGCGACAACCACUUUUCCUCCCUUCUGAUAUCGAACCGGCGUCAGAAGCUACGAAAACCUCGGACAACAAACGACCCAGAGAUGAAAAUUCUCCCCCUCCAGCAGACCAGCCUCCAAAGAAAAAGACCCGGGCUGAUAAGAAAGAGAGAACUCAGAACCCAAAUUUCCUCGCUAUGCAACCUCAUCUUUUCCAUCUAUUGAGAGCGUUAGUCUCGAAACACCACGGUGUUAGAGACGCGCUUGCCAGAUGCCGAGCAGGCGAUAUCCCAGCCUUCGAAAACGUUCUUCAAAUGGUCGAAGUUGUAGUCAAAGAAGGACUCCUGGAGUAUGAAAAGACUGGAGGAAAGAGCUGGGAAGAAGAAAUGGCGAGAGAUGACAGACUCAACGCUGAGAAAAACAAGAAAUUAGAAGAAAGUAAGAAAUCGGAGGGAGAGAAUGAUGGGGCGGUAGAUAUUGAGGGAGUUGAAAGAAAUGGAGAACAGAAUAAAGAUUAUGGAAGUUCGGUAGAGAUGGUACGGCUUUGUAAAAGGCCUUGGUGGAUCGUUCAGCCGUAUGUCAGGCCUCUUCCCAAAGAGGCGCUGGCAAAAGGCGCGUUGACUUUGAGUAAGAAGGAAAAGGAGGCGUUGGAGAAAAGCAAGGCUGAGAAGGCUCAAAAUGGUGGGAGUGAGAAGAAGCGAAGAAGUCGAAGUCGAAGUCGAAGUCGAAGUCCUGCAAAGAAUAGCUAGGGGAUGUUGCUCUGCUUGGGUGUCGAAUGUGUGAAAGGGGGUUUUCAAGGGCAGAGCAAGGGAAGAAAUGACCGAUGUGGGAUCUAGGAGUGCUCAAGAGCUGAUGCACUGCUGGUUUAUGGCGGUGGGAAGGUGAUACCUGGGUAGAUAUUAGGUGACGAUCGCACUUUCUGGGAGCUAGAGGGUCGUAUAUAGUUCAGUGAUCUUUUAGCAAUCUCCCUUCUCUAAGAUUACUCAUAUAUAAAUCAUGAUUUCAGAAG